AGAAAUUUCGUCCCUGCGAGAGAAAUAAAAACACACACACGCCAACUUCGAAAUUGUCAAUCCUUCGUUGAACACAAAGUGACGAAUUCGAGAGAGAACUAAAAAAAAAAACUAAUUUAAUCAGAGAUUUCGAGUAACAAAGAAAGAUAAGAAGAGGGUUUGAUUGUGAAGAGGAAAGAGACAGAUGGUAGCAGAAGCAGAGGUUGUAUUUCAACAGAGUUUACCGGCGGUUCUGGAGAUUGAGUUGUUCGAUCAAGUUUCUUCCGCCGUUAAAUCUCCCGUUUCUUCUCCUAAAUUGGGUUUUACUCAGUCGGUUUCCGCAAGUUUAUCGACUUCUCCUCUGGUUGUGGGUGAUUGUGAUCCAAGUGUCUCAGAUUUUGUUCCGACCAUCCGGUCUGGAAGCUUUGCUGAUAUUGGCCCAAAGAGACGCAUGGAAGAUGAACACAUUCGCAUAGACGAUCUAUCUUCUCAAGUUGGAUGUCUCUUUGAGUUGCCAAAGCCUAGUGCUUUCUAUGCGGUUUUUGACGGUCAUGGAGGACCAGAAGCAGCAGCANUUUUCAUUGGAAUAAGCCAAAUGGACUUGACAGAUCGGUGA